AUGAAUGUUGUUAAGAUAAAUGGCGUGAAGGUUUACAAUCUAACAGCGAAUCGUUCCCUUCCAGAAUGGGCCUCGAAGUCUGAGAAGCGUAAAAGGAAGUCAGAUAUGGAAUUGAGUCGGCGCAUUGAACUUAUUCAGGAAUUAGAAAUGCCCGAUUCAACCACUUAUUUAACUUGCUCACCAGAUGGUCAGUACUUGUUCGCUCUAGGACGUUAUAAACCUAGAGUCAAAUGUUACGAACUGUCAAAUCUUUCAAUGAAGUUUGAUCGAUGUCUUGACUGUAUGCCAUAUAAAAUGGUGUGCCUUAGUGACAACUACUCCAAAUUUGCCUUACUGGAGGAAGAAAGAUGGGUUGAAAUUCAUGCUGCUGGGGGACACCACUUCAAGUUUAGAGUUCCGAAACAAGGUGUGGAUUUGGAUUAUUGUCCUUACACGUGUGAUCUUUUUGUUGCCUCAUCUCGCAACCAUAUAUACCGAAUGGAUUUGUCCGAAGGUCGUUUCAAAACAUCUCUAGUCUCCCAACGUUUAGAAAACUCUAGUCAUGGAUUAACGGUAUGUAGCUUUGAGAGAAAUUACGGUUUGUUACUUGGUGCGUCGACAAUAGGGUGUGUUGAUGGUUGGGAUACUAGAACUUCUGAGCAUGUAUUUGGUCUGAACGUAUGUGAAUACGCGCCUACACCAGAAGAUAUCCAGAAUAAAUGGCGAUCAACUGCUGUAACUUGCCUGUCAUUUAAAGACUCGCUCAACGUCGCAAUAGGCACGGGAGACGGGAUGGUAUACAUAUACGACCUUCGUCAAAAUCGUAAGCCAUGGCACGUCCGGGACACAGAAUACAGGGAGCCUAUAAAAUCCAUUCAUUUUCAUGAUGACAAAGUGUUAGCAGCCCUGCGCUACUGCUGUAAAAUAUGGUCAGUGGAUACUGGCAAGAUAUUUGUUGGUUUCAAUAUUGGUCCUUCAGAUUGUAAUUCUAUGUAUCACUUUCCUAACAGUGGAUUACUCAUGUUUGCAUCAGAGUCUCCCAAGAUUUCUACCUACUUUAUCCCACUGCUUGGAGAGGCACCUUUCUGGUGCAGUUAUUUAGACAGUCUUGUGGUCGAAUGCGAACCAGAUGUUACAACUAUGUAUGACGGUUAUAAAUUCAUCACUCGUCAACAGUUAGCAGAUUUGGGAAUGUCAGAGCUCAUUGGAACUCAAUUUUUGAGAGCUUACAUGCAUGGAUAUUUCAUUUCUGCAAAUCUGUACAACAAAAUACAAGAUCAUCUGGGGAUUAAUCAGAAACCCCUUACCCAAACAGUCAAGCUUAACUAUCCUGACAACGUACCUAAAGCUUCAUCGCGUUCUGAAAAUAUAAUUGCAGAGUUUAACGAAGCCUCAGCCGACCAGCGCUUUUCCAAACUCUCAGAUAAUCCUAAGCUUACAUACAGUACUGUAGAUGGCGAUUCAGAUCUCAUACAAAUUCAUCAAGCAAGAUUGGAAAAGAAGCGCAGGCGUAAAGAACUGCGGAAAGAACGAGCUGCUCGAACACAGGCUUUGGUUAAUAAAGCCUCUGAUGUGCAUGUAUAA